GUACACGAACCGAAAAGCAGUAACCAAGUCUUUAGCAGUCAUUCACUCGAUUGAUGCCAUAAGAAAUUCCGAACAUGGAAGCCGCUUCUUGUUCAAUCCUUUACACUCUCCGCUUUUCAACCAACACAGUGACUGCAAGUAUGAACAACAACAAGUUGUACUAUGAAACAUCACUUCCUGGAAACCGUCUUUGUCUGCUUCCUUCUUUUCCCUCGAAUUUCCCAAGAAACUUUAACUUUCGUGGAAAAAACUUGCAAUUCAAUGGCUUUGCUGCUUUCAGCUCACCCUCUAGUGCCCAAAACCAAAACCCAUCUCAGGAACUAGCCGUUCUUCUUGAGGUUGAUGGGGUCCUUAUGGAUGCAUAUCGAUUGGGUAAUCGCCAAGCCUUCAAUCUAGCAUUUCUAAAGCUUGGGCUUGACUGUGCAAACUGGACUGAACCUGUCUAUUCGGAUCUUCAAAGGAGGAGUGCUGGUAAUGAAGAAAGGAUGCUGAUGUUAUAUUUUAACCGGAUUGGUUGGCCUACUUCCUUGCCCACAAGCGAGAAGGAGCCAUUUGUGAAAAGUGUAUUGCGAGAGAAGAAAAGUGCACUGGAGGAACUGAUGUUGAAAAGUUUACCUUUACGACCUGGAGUUGAGGAUUUUAUUGAUGAUGCAUGCAUCAAAGGAAUACCUGUGAUCAUCUUAACAUCCUACAGUAAGAGUGGGGAUAAAAUUGCUCGAUCUAUAGUUCAAAGGCUUGGUCAUGAACGACUCUCAAAAAUAAAAGUUAUUGGGAAUGAGGAAGUAGAAAAGAGUUUAUAUGGUCAACUUGUAUUUGGUAAAGCAAUGACUUCUUCUUUGGAUGAGCAACUAGCUAAGGAAGCAAGAAAAGCAGCUUCUGCUGAGAAACAAAGAAUAGCAAAGGAGGUUGCAUCCAUACUGAAAGUGAGUGUUGACAUUGAUACCAGCUCAUCGGAAAGCUUAGAGAAGAUUGUAGCUGCACUACGUGCAGGGGCAGAAAUUGCUGGGAUACCGGUCUACAAAUGCAUCCUUAUUGCGGGAAGCAAAUCCGGAGUUGCUGGAGCUGAGCAGAUAGACAUGCCUCGUGUUGUGCUGCGGAGCAGUUUCACAUCUAGAGCUGAGUUCCCUUCAGCCAAUGCUAUAAUGGAUGGUUUUGGAGGUGCAGAUCUAACUAUCUCUAAACUAUGCCAAAAGCGAUGGUCAUAAGAUGAAUUGCUUGGCUGCAAUUUUUGUUUCUCGGGUUUAAGAUGUUAUUGGUCAGCAUUUCAUGCAAUCCAAUGGAAAACUUUUGUAACAUGACCGCGUUCGUUGUUCAAGCACAUACAGGCUCAAAACUUGUCAUACAAUUUUAUAUACUUGUUCUCGGCAACAUUUGUUUUUCUUAAAGUUAAACAUUUUCACAUG